AUGUGGAUCACAAGGCUUCGACAGCCGUUGCUGUUGUCGCCGCGCGCGAUUUCGCUUCGUCGACCACUGUCGAGCCUCCGAAGCAGCAACAGCCAUCGCGGCCCGCGUAAUAGCAUAAGGCGGCCAGAGCGCAUUCAAUCAACACCAAAAGAAUCACAAACGCCACAGCAGCCCGAGUCUGGGAAUACCGAACCCCAAGAUGGACCCAACGAGAACUACGACCCUGCGCAAAACACUCUCCUCUCUCCCGUCCAUGUCCCUGAAGACCCAAAUGCUGUCCUCAAGGAGACCCAUCCUGCUAUCAGCAUCCUGGCGAACUCCGGGUUAGUGGUCCAGCGUCAGUUUGAGAUGAUGAAUGUGAUGAUUGGCUUCGAACAAGCGAACAAAUAUGUCAUCAUGGAUGCGAUGGGCAACCACAUUGGUUAUAUGGCAGAACAAGAGAAGGGAAUGGGCAAUGCGAUGGCGCGCCAGUGGUUCAAAACUCAUCGCAGCUUCGUGACGCAUGUGUUCGACCGAAACGAGAACGAGGUGCUUCGGUUCAAUCGCCCAUUCUCUUGGAUUAACACCCGAAUCCAAGUAUAUGACCCCAUCGAUCCUGCAACCAACAAUUACUCUUCCUCUACUUCCCAACACACCACCUUUCCCGGCUCUCUUGUUCAGACCGAUACUGCCACCCGCGUAUCACAACUUGGUUUCGACCAGAUGCGAAUUGUUGGCGAAGCUCAGUCGCAGUGGGCACCAUUGCGUCGCAAGUACAACCUCUUCACAUACCACCAGUCCCCAAACCCAGCAACAGAUAUGGGCUCGCAGAAGUUCGACCUUGGUAGCUCCGAUCUUUCCAAGGUGCAACAAACGCAACUAGCAGAAAUUUCCAAGCAAGGCCAGGGCGACUUCAACCAGUUUGCCUAUGUUGAUGAGCCCAUGCUAUCCUGGGACUUCUCUCUAGUUUCUGCUGAAAAUCGACUGAUCGGAUCAGUGAACCGCAACUUUGCAGGUUUCGCUCGAGAAAUCUUCACCGACACCGGUGUGUAUGCGCUGCGAAUGGAUUCGGCAGGACUUGGCCUCGUUCAAGCACCGAAUGAAGCUAACGCGCCAACUGGAAUGACUCUGGAUCAGCGUGCAGUGAUGCUAGCUACGGCAGUUAGCGUCGACUUUGACUACUUCAGCCGUCACAGCAGCUCCGGUGGCGGAUUUGGUUUUAUGCCCCUUUGGUUUCCUGGUAUGGGCGGAGGAGCUGCUGCUGGAGAGGCUGCAGGUGGUGCCGCAGCUGGUGGCGCUGCAGCUGGUGAAGCCGGUGCAAUAGGCGAGGCAGCUACUGGUGCGAUUGGAAGGGCCGGUGCUGCUGGUGGCAUAGCAGAUGGCAUGGCUGCUGGAGCUACGGGUGCUGGAGCUAUGGCUGGAUACGAGGCAAUGCAGAGAGGCAUGUCAGGCGACCAAAGCAACCAGUCAGCAUACCCAGACCAGCAACCCCUAGACCAGCAACCCCCAGAGCAGACAGGGCCAUACGGAGAUGCUUGGCCUCAAGAACAGCCCGAUGACGUCUGGGGUGAGGGGGAAGACCCUUGGAGCGAUGAUGGAGAUGGUGGAGGCGGGGAUGACUUUGACUUCUUCUAA